UGCUUUGACUCUUUGUUCACUUUUCGCGCUUACACCGCGCAUGCUCCGUAUGUCUCCUUCAUUGUGCCCUGUAGCCGCACAGACAGUGCUAAACUAGGCUAGCUGUCAGCCAAGGGAUACUUCAGGCUCCGCACAUCACACUUACACACUCUUUAGCUUGUACGAUGGCCGUCCCUCCUUCAUAUGCAGACCUGGGCAAAGCUGCUAAGGACAUCUUCAGCAAGGGCUAUGGCUUUGGCGUGGUGAAGCUGGACCUAAAGACCAAGUCUCAGAGUGGAGUGGAGUUCAACACAUCUGGCUCCAGUAACACAGACACAGGAAAGGCCUCAGGGAACCUGGAGACCAAAUACAAGUUGAAGGAGCUUGGCCUGAGCGUCAACCAGAAGUGGAACACCGACAACACGCUAGCUACUGAAGUGACCGUGGAGGACCAGCUGGCUCAAGGCCUGAAGGUGGGACUGGACACGUCUUUUGUACCAAACACAGGUAAGAAGAGCGGAAAGCUGAAGACGGGUUACAAGCGCGACUACGUCAACCUGAACUGUGAUGUGGACUUUGAGGGUCCCAUCAUCCACGCUGCUGCCGUGUUGGGCUACGAGGGCUGGCUGGCCGGCUACCAGAUGGCCUUCGACACAGCCAAGUCCAAACUGGCCCAAAACAACUUUGCCCUCGGAUACAGGGCUGGAGAUUUUCAGCUUCACACUAACGUGAACGACGGGACCGAGUUCGGAGGCUCCAUCUACCAGAAGGUGAAUGAUGAUCUGGAGACAGCGGUCACUCUGGCCUGGACUGCUGGCAGUAACAACACUCGCUUUGGCAUCGCUGCCAAGUACAAGCUGGACAAAGACGCCUCCCUGUCUGCCAAAGUUAACAAUGCCAGUCUGAUAGGAGUUGGCUACACCCAGAGCCUCCGAUCAGGUGUGAAGGUGACCCUCUCAGCCCUGAUCGACGGGAAGAACUUCAACGCAGGCGGACACAAGGUUGGCAUGGGCUUUGAGCUGGAGGCAUAGAGGGGAAGAAGCUAGGCUCCCCACUGAAGAAGCAGCAGCCCAGAGCCACAUCAUCACUCACACCCCUCCACACACAUUCCCACCACGUAGCUGCUUCUCUGUCCAGUCGCAGCAUCACGUUUAACCACCUGAGAGGAGCUGUGAGGUCGACUCUGAAACCAAGAGCGCCUAGUGGAUCAUUCAUUAGUUACUGAAGCAGCUCUUUAUUUCCCUGUAGGUGUCGUUGGCGUCAGCAGCAUUAAAUAUUUUCUCUUUAGUUUGGAUCCUGUUACAAUCCGUGGAGGAUUUUACUCAAAUGUUCUGUUACAACUCAAACAUGGAAGCGCUGGAGGUUAGAGUUCAGAGGUUGAUCCUAAAGGAGUCAGUUUCACCACAGACGCUCCUUAUCUUCUUCACUUUCUUUGUGACGUCCCAUUUGCGUAGGUGAGAUCAGUGUAGUGGAAUCUUCUUGUAGCGUAUGUAGUUAGUUUGCAUUUCUACAGCAUUGCUCUCACCUACGUGUCCAAAGCAGAGUGAGGCAGUUUUGCAUCUGUUUGAGUAUCUAUGUCAUCAUUAACACCAUCUACACUCCUCAAACCUCAACAUACCAAUGCACCAGACAGACUGCUCCUCAUUUUCCAGUUGCUUUUCUGUUUAGGAGUCACGCAUCGUGUGUUUUUUCAUCCGUCAUGGCUCAUUUUUAUGCCACUUAGUUACAGUACCUCAUUUUUUCCAACGUUAACUUAAGGGAAUUCUAAUAAUAAAAACUUGAAUUUA